GGAAGUCUUGACCUUCUGCACCUCGUCCGGCCAGCUCCCUCUUCACCUCAAAGACCAUGUCUGCUUACGUCAAGGGCAAAGGCCUCGGCCAGGAGGAGGCGCGGGUGCACCGCAUCCGCAUCACCCUCACCUCCAAGAACGUCAAGAACCUCGAGAAGGUUUGCGCGGACCUGAAGAAGGGUGCGGUCGAGAAGAAGCUCAAGGUUUCGGGACCCGUGCGCCUGCCCACCAAGAAGCUCAAGAUCGUGACCCGCAAGUCGCCCUGCGGAGAGGGAACCAACACCUGGGACCGCUUCGAGAUGCGCAUCCACAAGCGCAUCCUGGACCUGCACUCUCCCUCCGAGAUCGUAAAGGAGAUCACGUCGAUCUCCAUCGAGCCUGGAGUGGAGGUCGAGGUCACCAUCGCCGACGCCGCGUUCUAACCUGCCUGUAGCUGAUCGAUGCGCUUUGCGUCAGUCAGUUGUCUU